AUGGCGUCUGGGCCCCACACUUUCGUGACCUGCGUGCCUAGAGAGACACCAUAUUCGUGGUUUGGAGUGACCGUAUUCUGGCGGCGAGCGCCUCGGGGAGUUCGUCGGUGUGGAUACGACGGCACCGAGUCUAGAGUUUUCUCAGCCGAGAAGUUCAAAGGCAAUCCGUUGGCGAUUGUCUCCAUUAGAGGAAAUGCUCUCUCACAGCAGCGCAAGGCGUUGAUCGCCAAAGAAUUUCGAUACUCGGAGACAGUCUUCUUGCAUGAUGCUCCGGGCCCUGGGCAACCCCGUUUGCUGGAGAUUUUCACCGAGACGGGAGAAGAACUUCCCUUCGCUGGUCAUCCGGUUAUUGGAGCAGCACAUUAUAUAUUUACGUACCUUGAAAAGGUGCAUUACGGUGGACCGCCCGACCGUGAUAUUCAGCAGCAGACGGCCGUUUUUUUGACUAAGGCGGGCCGCAUACCUGUCUUUUUCAAUCCAUAUCGCCAAGUUGCGGCGUGCGCGGUGCCUCACAAGUUCCAUGUCCAUUCUCGUCGAGUUCCCGUUGAGGGGAUCAUUUCAACCCAGCCGCAUGUUCAGAUCGUCCCAACCAUCGACAAAGAAAAGGACAAAACGUUUCCUCUGGUGUCCAUUGUCCAUGGGAUGAGUUUUGUCCUCAUUGACUUGACGGAUAACCCCGAAGUCUUUGCCGCCCUUCAAGCCGGCAAAUCCCCUGAGGUGGAGCUGGACCAGGACUGGUCACCCAGUUUUGUCGGCGGCAUGUACUACAAGCUUUUGGCCAAGGCAGAACAGGCUGGGGAACCCACCAUUCACAACGUCCAAGCUCGAAUGAUCUCACAUGGAAUUGAAGAUCCCGGGACAGGGAGUGCUUGUUGUGCCCUGGCAUGCUAUUUGGCAUUGAACCUGCCUUCGGAACCCAAGAAGCCGGAGGCAUCAGACCCGGAUGACGAAUUGGCGAAGAAGACCGAGGAGCUGAAACUGGAGGAAAAAAAGGAAAGGAAGGUAUUUGGCAUCCAGCAGGGAAUUGAGAUGGGUCGAGAGUGUGUCAUUGCCGUUGAGGUGGACGUCAAGACUGAUGCGGGAGGGAAGACGAGUAUUACAAACGUGAUCCUCUCGGGAAGGGCCAAUUUGCAAACCAAGGGGGAGCUUGUUGGACAAUGA